AUGUUUCAAAAGGAUUUGGGCAUUCAAAGUUAUUUUUAUAUCCAAAAAUUCACUUUCCAACGCCUGGGAAUAGACCUAACAGCAAAAAACGGUCGUGUCACGCAACCAUAUUUCUUGUUCUUAGUUGUUUUCACAUUGACUUCGGUCCUGAUACCAAUGGUAGUUUAUAGCAGGCAACAUUUGCAGGAAAUCGUGGAAGUGACUAAUGCAAUGGCACCCUUCAUGCAGGCCGCCAUAACACUCUGGAAGAUUUGGCGUGUCAUUUAUAGGCGUAAGGAAAUGGCGCAACUAGUGGAAAGUAUUUAUCGGCUAUCGGAGAAAGCUACCAAGGAGGAGCUCACCCAUUUAAUACAGGAAAAUAAUCGCGAGCGUAUUAUGAACUUUGUUUACUAUUACUCGGUAUUGAACACUGGCAUAUUGGCGCUGACAGCACCCGUUUUAGUCAGCUUCAUACAGUACUUUCGGGUUGGCCAUUUCAGUUACAUUUUGGUAUUAAAGGGCGCCUACCCCAUAGAGUAUGCGCGCCCACUGAACUACUUUCUCAUCUGGCUGUGGUCAGCGAUCGCCAUAUAUGGCGUCAUAUACGGCUCGGUAUCCGUGGAUAGCCUCUUCUCUUGGUACUUACACAACAUAACGGGAAACUUCAAAAUACUCCAAUCUAAGUUGGAAUCAGCAGAGAGAGUAGCCGAUUUGAGGGAACGCCGUGCAACGCUCUACUACUGCAUUGAAUAUCAUCAGCGAGUUAUUGAAAUGGCGGAACAGCUCGAUUUCAUAUAUCGUCCGAUUGUUUUCGUACAAUGUACGCUAAAUGCAUUGCAAAUUUGUUUUUUGGCCUAUCAGAUUGGCAGCGGCGUUGUGGCUAUGGUGGAUUUUCCAUUUCUAUUCCUAUUCAUGAAUUCUGUGGGCAUACAAUUGAUGAUUUAUUGCUACGGUGGCCAACAUUUGCAGAAUGAAAGCGGAAACGUGUCUAAAUCUGUUGAUCAAACCAUAAAUUCGCACGCUUGGCCGAAGGAACUACGCACAGUGCUGCUAAUCUCAAUGAUGCGCGCCCAGAAGUCCUGCAAAUUAACGGGCAUAUUUUUUGACGUUGAUUUGGCUUUAUUUUUAUGGGUUUGGCGCACCGCCGGGUCAUAUGUAACACUUCUACGGAGCGUAGAUCAACAAACUCUGUAAUGGAAU